AUGGCGUUUGGUGAUAACCUCGUAGCCGUGGGAGGGAUCUCCCUCCUAGAGGCGUAUUUGCUGCAGCGAACAGUCUUUGCAGAUGAGACCUUUUACACUCUGUGCUGGUGGGCAUUCGGGUCCAACUUUGCGGUCCUGACCCUUUACAGCGCUAUUAUCUGGCCGUUUUUCUUGAAAUCCCCUGCGCCACCUGCCUACAGUACCGGUAAGUCAGAUGAAUCAUCUUCGACUCCCCACGAGGGCGCUCUGCCACUGAUAUGGAUGAAAACCAUCCCUAAUGACGGCCUCAUCCAUCUGCGUGAUCGCAUCAGUUACAGUCUCCUGAUUCCCACCAAUCACCAAGCUCUCCUGGACAUCAUGAGCACCAACACGUACGAUUUCGAGAAGCCUCGUCGGGCCCGCGACUUCCUCGCCCGCAUCUUGGGCUUUGGAUUGAUUCUGUCUGAGGGCGCCGCCCACAAGAAGCAGCGCAAGGCUCUGACUCCCGCGUUCAAUAUCAAGAACAUCCGUGCCAUGUACACCCUCAUGUGGGACAAGACCAACCAGUGCCUUGAGGAAAUGGAAAAGGAGCUCAAGGCCAAUCCGAUGGAAGGGACUAACCCCGCAGAUGGGGUUGGGAAAUUAGAGAUGGGCGUCUGGGGCAGCCGUCUGACCCUCGAUAUCAUCGGCCCUGUCGCCAUGGGACGGGACUUCCGCUCCCUGCAAAACUCGGAGAACAAAGUCGCGGAAAGUUUCCUGCGGAUCCUGGAGCCGACGAAGGAGAAAAUGGCGUUCCUGGCCCUGAACUUUGUGUUCCCUCAGUGGUUUACCCAGCGCAUCCCCUGGCGAUUGAAUAAGGUGGUCGCCGAGGAGACCGGAUUCCUGCGGAGCCUCUGCAAUGAUAUCGUGCGCGAGAAACGAGAAGCCCUGGAGAGCUCCAAAGCCUCCGCUCAGGAUCUCGAGGCCGAUAUCCUGGGAACGAUGAUGCUGGGCGGAGACUUUAGUGACACAGAGCUGGUCGAUCAGAUGUUGACAUUCCUCGCUGCCGGGCAUGAAACGACCGCCAGCGCCCUGACUUGGACCUGCUACCUUCUCACUCAAUACCCCGACGUCCAGCAGCGCCUCCGCGACGAGAUCCGCCAGCAUAUCCCCAGCGCCGAGGCCCAAAUCACACACGCCGACCUCGAAUCCCUCCCUCUUUUAAACGGCGUCUGCCAAGAGGUUCUACGCCUGUACCCGACCGUCCCUGCCACAGUCCGCGAAUCGAUCCGCGACACCAUGGUGGCAGGCAAACGCGUACCCAAGGGAACGAGGCUGAUCAUCUGCCCGUACGCGAUCAACCGCGCGCCAAUCUUCUGGGGCGACAACGGCGAGGAGUUUAUCCCAGAGCGCUGGAUCGACACCGACAAGAACGGGAACCUGGUGCCGAACAACCACGGCGGCGCGUCGACCAAUUUUGCUCAGAUCACCUUCUUGCAUGGCCAGCGCUCGUGUAUCGGCAAGGAUUUCGCGCGCGCCGAGCUGCGCUGUGCGGUGGCGGGGGUGGUUGGGCGCUUUGCGUUCGAGAUGCAGGAUCCUACGCAGGAGAUCCACAUCGCCGGCGCUGUCACGACGAAACCCGUUGAAGGGAUGAAUCUGGCCAUGCGCCGGGUGGAAGGAUGGUAA